UCACCAAGACGACUCACCUUUCUACCAGCGGUAUAGCAAUACCUUUUGCAACGAGAUACCCUUUCACCGACGGGAGCUGCACCUUCAGCUAUAUAACCGCGAGUCAGCUAUAUAACCGCGAGUCAACAAACCCUGCGUCAUUGUUCUUGGCGCCAUAUUUGCGAUCAUCCAAAGGACACAUCCACCUUGCGCAUGCGCCCUGCGCCCCUGAGCAGCGACAUAUCGAACUUCGCGAUAACUUCUCACCAACCCGAGUCCAAGAGGUAGCCCCUCUCACAAAGUCCUCAGAAUGUCCGCGACGCCAAGCGCUAGCGGCGCACCCUCGCCUCUACCCAUACCAACUGUCGAGAAAAUGAGCGCCGCCGACCAGUUCCGAUCCGCAGUUUCUCAGCCUACCGUGGCUGCCUUUUGCGCCGGCGGUGUCGCCGGAGCCGUAUCCCGAACGGUAGUCUCACCUCUGGAGCGCCUAAAAAUCCUCUACCAGAUCCAAAGCAACGGUCGCGAAGCGUACAAGCUUAGUGUGGGCAAGGCGCUGGCCAAGAUGUGGAGGGAGGAAGGCUGGAGGGGCUUCAUGGCCGGUAACGGUACCAAUUGCAUCCGUAUCGUGCCAUACUCGGCGGUGCAGUUUGGCAGCUACAACUUUUACAAGAGGAACAUCUUUGAGAGGCAUCCCGGCGACUCUCUCACACCUCUGUCCAGGCUGACAUGCGGUGGUCUUGCCGGCAUCACCUCUGUUACCUUCACCUACCCGCUCGACAUCGUCAGGACAAGAUUGUCCAUCCAGACUGCUUCCUUCGCGGAGCUCGGUGAAAGGUCACGCAAAAUGCCCGGCAUGUGGGAAACUCUGGUCAAGAUGUACAGGACCGAGGGCGGAUUCCCGGCACUCUAUCGAGGAAUCGUUCCCACUGUCGCCGGUGUUGCUCCUUACGUCGGCCUGAACUUCAUGGUCUACGAGCACGUGCGCCAAUACCUUACCUUGGACGGCGAGCAGAACCCUAGUGCCGUCAGGAAGCUGCUCGCUGGUGCGAUUUCCGGUGCGGUGGCCCAGACCUGCACCUAUCCUUUUGAUGUGUUGCGCCGUCGCUUCCAGAUCAACACCAUGUCUGGUAUGGGCUACCAGUACAAGGGUAUCUUCGACGCCGUGCGCGUCAUCGUCACAGAGGAAGGCGUGCGCGGCUUGUACAAGGGGAUAGUACCCAACUUGCUCAAGGUGGCUCCUAGCAUGGCAUCGAGCUGGCUGAGUUACGAGGUGUGCCGUGAUUUCCUCGUGGGCCUGAAGCCCGAGGAGACCAAGCUCUUGCAAUAAUCGCCAUGAGCUUGAAUUCAACCCGACAAAUCCGACGAAGGUCUUCGACCACCGAGCGCCAGCUACGGAAAUAACAAAAGACGUUAGAAGUCAAUAAUAGAGGGGCAACACAUAGAGCCCUACGUUUCAUCACGCAUCGACUUCUGCCUUCCAUUCGCACAUAAUUGGUGAUAGUCCGUUUUACCAACUCAUACUACACUUUAAUCAACCAGCGCAAGUCAACCUGUGAGUUCACGGGUCGG